GUUUCGGUCGGGGUUGUUUCAGUGUGGGACCGGUGUCAAACAGUCGGCCACCAAUGUCUGCUGCACCCGGUGUGUGAUGGAGUUUCGUUGACUCCCAGACUCUGACGCUACGUGACCCUUGUGCUCGCUGCGUGUGUCCGCCACCACCGUGAGAUCAGUCGGGAGAAGUGACCGGAGCGACAUGGCGGAGAGCAUGAUCAUCAGGGUCCAGUCCCCCAGCGGGAUGAAGAAGAUCCCUUCGACCAAGACGGAGACGGCUGAUGCGUUUUUGAAUAAGGUGGCCACAGAGUUUGGGUUCAACUCCAAUGGGUUUUCUGUUUACCUGAACCGCAACAAGACCGGAGAGAUUCUGUCCAAGAACGUUACCCUCAGCUUGCUUAAGAUCAAGCAUGGCGACAUGUUGUAUCUGUUCCCUUCAGGCUCCUCCAGCUCCUCCGGAGAGGUGAUGGACACGGCCACCCCGCACACAUCUUCAUCGCUACCGUCCGUCUUGUCAUCUUCCUCAUCGUCCACCAUGAUCCCUCGGUCCUUCUCAGCACCCCAGGUCCAGGAGGAUGAAAUUGAUCAGUAUCUGACCAAGCAAGACGGCAAGAUCUACAGGAACAAAGAUCCUCAAUUAUGUCGCCACGGUGCUCUUGGAAAAUGUGUGCACUGUGUACCGUUAGAGCCUUUUGACGAAGACUACCUGAAUCACCUCGACCCACCAGUGAAGCACAUGUCAUUCCAUGCUUACCUUCGCAAGCUGACCGGUGGAGCUGAUAAAGGGAAGUUUGCAGCUCUGGAGAACAUCAGCUGUAAGAUCAAGUCAGGCUGUGAGGGCCACCCUCCGUGGCCAGAGGGGAUCUGCACUAAGUGCCAGCCCAGCGCGAUCACACUGAACAGACAGAAAUACAGACACGUGGAUAACAUCAUGUUUGAGAACCACACCAUUGCCAACCGCUUCCUGGACUUCUGGAGGAAGACGGGCAGUCAGAGGAUGGGAUACUUGUACGGCAAGUACACUGAGCACAAAGACAUCCCGCUGGGCAUCAGAGCUGAGGUGGCUGCCAUCUACGAACCUCCACAGAAUGCCACCCAGAACAGCCUGGAAAUGUUGGAGGAUCCCAAAGCUGCAGCUGUGGAUGAAAUUGCUGCCAAACUGGGCCUGUGCAAGGUUGGCUGGAUCUUCACAGACCUGCUCUCUGAGGAUACGAGGAUAGGCACUGUCCGCUACACAAGAAACCAGGACUCACACUACCUGAGCGCAGAGGAGUGCAUCACAGCAGGCUACUUCCAGAAUCUACACUCGAACCCCUGCAGACUCUCUCGAGACGGACAUUUUGGAUCCAAAUUUGUGACGGCGCUGGCGACAGGGAGUCCAGAUAACCAGGUGCACUUUGAAGGAUACCAGGUGUCCAAUCAGUGCAUGGCUCUGGUGAGAGACGAGUGUCUGCUGCCCUGCAAAGACGCUCCAGAGCUGGGCUACGCUAAAGAGUCGAGCCCCGAGCAGUACGUCCCCGACGUCUUCUUCAAGGACACGGACAAGUUUGGAAAUGAUGUCACGUUUCUCGCUCGGCCUCUUCCUGUGGAGUAUCUUAUUAUAGAUAUCACCACCACUUUUCCAAAGGAUCCUCAGUUCACCUUCUGCUCCAAACAACACUUCCCCAUCGAGAACCGCGAUAUACUCGGAGAGACACAAGACUUCCACAGUUUAGCGACGUACCUGUCCCAGAGCACCUCCACGGCUUUCCUGGACAUCGUGUCCGACUUCCAUCUGCUCCUCUUCCUCGUCACCAAUGAAGUCAUGCCUCUGAGAGACAGCAUCGGGUUGCUACUCGAGGCAGUGAAGACUUCUAACGAGGAUCUGGCGCAGACCUGGAAGAAGUCUGAGCAGUGGGCCACCAUCGAGCAGCUGUGCAGUACGGUGGGCGGGCAACCCUCCAGCUCUCUGGGUUACGGGGCCAUGGGGGGCCCCUCAGUCCCGGCCUCCUCCUCAGCCAUGUGGUCCUGCCUCCACUGCACCUUCAUGAACCAGCCCGGCACAGAGCACUGUGAAAUGUGCAGCCUGCCCCGCAGUUAAAAACCCGCCACCCUUCACCUCCCCCCUCCCCCCUGCUUCCGUGAUCUCACACAGCCCCGCCCAGCUGCCCUCUUAACUCGCCAAUGACGCCACUGCACCCGGAGCAGCUGCGAAGUUCAGAAUUCGGUUUCUCUCGCCUCGGUCGUUGCCGCCUCACUGCUGCUGUGACGAGUGGAGGGAUGCACCUGUUUACAUCCAGUUCGUUCAAUAAAUAAAGUUCAAUCAGACUGUUCUGUGUGUGUCCCUCCUCACAGCGGCUCUGGUGAGCGGCGGGCUUCUUUACAGUUCAGCACUUUUGGCUGAGGCCCUUUCCCCUGAAAUAACCCCCCCCCCCCUCCCCCGGCUCAGAUAAAUCUUGCUGUGACUCAGGACGACAGCAAAGACUCGAGUGUUUGGACGUCCUCUCACAUCAGUGCCCCGCUCACUCUCACUUCGUCUUCUGGAGAAUUUUGCUGUGUAUAAAUACAUUUGAGGAAUGAAA